AUGAUUUCAUUCAUCGCAAGCGUUGAGCAGACGUUCCUUGGCCUCACGCACAAUCCCAAUUUCGAAUUCCUCUACUAUUCGAAGACAUUUAUAAAGUGCUUAGAGUGUAUACACUUCGGCGUGGAAGGCUGGUCGCCCUACGACUUCAGCCAGUUGGCCAACCUCCUCGUCAUUCUGCGGACACUCAGGUUCACCCAGACCUCCUCCCUGAUGACGAGUGUGCUGGUCCAGAUGCCCUGCCACCUCUCUCCCGUUCUGGGGGUUCUCGUCUCCGUCUACUACAUCUACGCUCUGCUUGGGCUCUCCAUCUUCCGUGGAACCAUCCAACAUCCCACCAACACUUCCUUCAUGUCGAAUGAAACCUACGAGUGCGGGACUUAUCAGCAGCUCAACUACUGGGCGAUCAAUUUCGACGAUUUCGCGGCCAGUAUCUACACCCUCUGGAGCCUAAUGGUACUCAACAAUUGGCACGUCAUUGUCAAGGCCUUUUCCGAUGAACUUGGAAGGUGGGUUCACAUCUACACACUGAGUUGGUGGCUCAUUGUGGCUGUCGUCCUUCUCACCCUCACAACGGCAAUGAUAAUUGAGAGUUUCCUUUUUGCACGGCAAAUGCACGCUCGACGCGCGGACCUACUCGCGUCACGAAAACGCCGUCGAACUAACCCCUGUGCCCUCGCUUUUGUCAACGCCUUGACGCGCAACCGCCAAGACGACGUUGUCCACGAAGACGAGGAAGAGCUGAUGCCGGCCUUCGAGCACCCCAGGGAACACAUCAACUCCCCCCCUCAACCCCCAACUCCCCCGAGUCCGGAAGACGACGGGGAGACGGUGUUGGUGCAGCCGCCUCCUUCCGCAGUUGUGUACAGCUUCGCGCAAAUGUUCGGUCAGAAUCUGACUGAGCCCACGAACGAGGAGAUGUUGCAUCACCUCCACCGACACCGCGAAAUCGGGGCCUUGAUAUCCUCCUGA